AUGGCUACAAAGAAGAAGAUUCUUUUGAAGGUAUUCUACUCUCCGGGAUGUGUUAUCUCCUGCGGGAACUGACAACCCAAUCUUCAGGUUAUUAUCCUUGGAGAUAGUGGAGUUGGAAAGACGUCUUUGAUGAACCAAUAUGUACAGUACCCCUCACCCCCAUAUGCGCGGUGCGCCCUCUGUCGUCCAUACCACAGGGAUCUGAGUAUUUGGAUUCCUGGAGGAGCUAUGAUGCUGACAAGUUGGGUGAAUAGGUGAACAAGAAGUUCAGUGCGAGCUACAAAGCGACUAUUGGUGCUGAUUUCUUGACAAAGGAAGUGCUUGUUGACGAUAGGCUUGUGACUAUGCAGGUACGAGGGUCAUGCUGCUGAGCGCUUGAGGGCCAUUGCUUUGAUUUCGGGAUAUGCGCUAACACAUAUUUUUGUGGCAAUAGUUGUGGGAUACCGCUGGUCAGGAAAGAUUUCAAUCCCUUGGCGUCGCUUUCUACCGUGGUGCCGAUUGCUGUGUUCUUGUCUAUGAUGUCAACAACUCGAAAUCGUUCGAUACCCUCGACUCCUGGCGGGACGAAUUUUUGAUACAAGCAUCUCCCAGAGAUCCGGAUUCGUUUCCCUUUGUAGGCUGCUCACUUCCCUGCCUCUUUAGCGGGAUUUGGUAGUCCCUGGAUUCUAACGUGAACUUAUAGGUUGUUUUAGGGAACAAGAUUGAUGUAGAGGAGAGCAAGAGAAUGGUUUGUUUCCCGUGUCCGGUUUAUCAUUCGCCUGGUUCCGGCACCUGGCUUAGUUAACCCUCUGCAGAUUUCCCAAAGACGUGCUAUGGCUUUCUGUACAUCCAAAGGAGGCAUCCCCUACUUUGAGACCUCUGCAAAGGAGGCUAUAAAUGUUGAGCAAGCAUUUGAAGGUAACGAGUCCCAAGAACCAAAAUUUCGUCUGAACGUGAGCUUUCUGACUCGCAAUAUCCAGUAAUUGCCCGAAACGCUCUGCAGCAGGAAGAAUCCGACGACUUCACCGGAGACUUUCAAGACCCAAUCAACAUCCACCUCGACAAUGAACAGAGUGGAUGUGCUUGCUAG